AUGUACUCAGUGUGGUGCCGUGUUCUUACCACACAGUGGACACUAGUCACAGGCAAAUCUCUGCACAGUCUGUUGGAAGUCAUUCACCUCUACCAGUUACCUCAAGGUCCACAUGUGUUCUCACAAAUAAGGAGAAGGCCCUUCCACUGUGGUGUGUGUGGCAAGAGUUUCAGCUACUCAGGCAGGUUCAGGGAGCACCAACGCAUCCACACUGGAGAGAGACCGUACCGUUGCCUCGUGUGUGGUAAACGCUUCAACCGGUCUACCCAUCUGAAGACCCACCUGAGGGUCCACACGGGGGAGAAACCCUACUCCUGUCCUGUCUGUGGAAAAGGAUUCAGUCAGUCCAGCCAGAUCAAAGGACACCUCAGAACUCACACCCGAGGGAGUGGCGAUAAGGUGAUAGAGCAGCAAACUCCCCCUGAGCAACAGUACUGUGAGCAGGAGUGGAGCCCCAGUCUGGGGCAGAGGAACCCAGAGCCCACACAGAUUAAACAGGAACAGGGUGAACUCAGGACUCGUCGGGAGGUAGAGGAGAUUCAAGGGCCGGAGGCUGAUACCAAAGAAGACUCCAUAAUCAUUCCUCCCUGUGUGAAAAGUGACUGUGAUCAGGAGCCACCUCAGCCCACACAUCUUCCCCAAACUGUGGAGAACAGAGAGAGAGACUCUCUACUGACCAACACAACUGGACAGAUCAAAACCGAACCUGAUGGAGAGGGCUAUGGAGUAUCACUAUCAGAACCAACCAGUGACUCCCCUCAGUCUCAGCCCCUCUCUGCAGUAAAUCCAGACUGUUCUAGAACACAGAGUGAGAACACUGAAAGUGUACCUGAUGUUCAGAGAGAUCCAGAAAGGAGACCAGAGGACACACAGACACACUCAUGUACUCAGUGUGGUGCCGUGUUCUGUGAGCUUUCCCAACUGGAGGCACACAUGCWWWKCKAKKKYGUACCACACAGUGGUGACACUAGUCACAGGCAAAUCCUCUGCACAGUCUGUUGGAAGUCAUUCACCUCUACCAGUUACCUCAAGGUCCACKUGRGUUCUCACAKUAAMGAMAAGCCCUUCCACUGUGGUGUGUGUGGCAAGAGUUUCAGCUACUCAGGCAGGUUCAGGGAGCACCAACGCAUCCACACUGGAGAGAGACCGUACCGUUGCCWCGUGUGUGGUAAACGCUUCAACCYGUCUGCCCAUCUGAAGACCCACCUGAGGGUCCACACGGGGGAGAAACCCUACUCCUGUCCUGUCUGUGGAAAAGGAUUCAGUCAGUCCAGCCAGAUCAAGGGACACCUCAGAACUCACACCCGAGGGAGGUAGAAGAUUCCUUAGAGUGGAAGGAGCUCAUGAGGGGAUAGACAGAGCCUUCUGUUCUCAAAGUGCCUCCCUUUGCUUCACUUCUACAUAUAAUUGUAACACUAGAGGACUAUAGAAUGUGUCAUGUUUUGCAGACUGAGGCACCUCAUGUCUGCAUUGAUUUGAGAGUUGCUUAAUAACAUGCUAUGAAAAGACUUGACCCUUAUGUAUCACUAGGUUACACUAACUAUUUUAGAGAGAAAUAUAAUGUUCAUUUUGGUUAGAUUAAAAAAUAUAUCUUCUUGAUUUUCAAUAGGAGCUGGUUGGUCUCCUUGCAAAUAAACUAACUCUGUCAUAUUGAUUAAGAAUGUUUGGGAACAUUUAUUUCUGAAUAUGUCUUUCUGAAGAAAAUAAAAACUUGCAUCAGAUCAACGUUAGCUGGAGUGACUGUUGCUACAGACAA